GCAACAGGUUCGAUUUGACACUGGCCCAGCUUUGGUGCCAAAAAUAGUCAUUCAUGCAUUGUUUAGGAUCACGGUUGGGAUUGAAAACUCUUGAAAGAAGCUGUAUGCAACUGUUUUGUAUUUCUAGCCGUGGCCUUUCAGCUUCAUCAGUGUUCAAAAACAUGGAAAAGACUUUUCAGCUUCAAAAUAAACUUCCAAGCUUACCUGUUCCUCCACUAGAACAGACUUGUAAAAAAUAUUUGGCAUCAGUAAAGCCUCACUUGACAUCAGAAGAGUAUCUUCAGACUCAGUUUUUGGUAAAUGAAUUUGCCAAUGGAGUUGGAAAAGAACUUCAAAGCAAGCUUGAGAUGAGAGCAAGUAACAUGCGUAAUUGGCUUGAAGAAUGGUGGGAGGAUGUAGCGUACUUAACACCCAGAUAUCCAUCUGCCCCAAUGGUCAACAUUGGAGGACCAAUACCAGUGACAGACAUAUGGCCAGUCCAAACUGGAGCCCAAGUAACGAGAGCUGCCAUAUUUACCCAUGCAUUCCUUAAAGUUUGGCAAGAGCUUUACAGAGAGGAAAGCCCCAUUGAGAGAAUGGGUUCAACUCCACUCUGUAUGUUUCAGUUUACACGGCUCUUUUCAUGUUGUAAAGUUCCUGGCAGGGAAAAGGACUCCUUAAGGACUAACUUUGUCACAGCCCCUGACAGUUCACCCCGUCACAUUAUUGUGCAAGUCAGAGGACGGAUUUUUAGUUGUGUGGUGCUGGAUGAAAAUAUGGAGCCUCUCUCACCAGCAGAAAUUGAAAGACAACUUCAAGAGAUAGGAUCAAUAGCUUUUUCAGAAUCCCAAGGAAUGGGAAUUGGCAGUUUAACAGGAGAAACAAGAGAUACCUGGCAUGAGCUGCAAGAACGAUUGAAAGCAUUAGACAGCAAUAACCAAAGCAUUCUGGAUACCAUUGAAACAAGUUUGUUUGUUUUGGUACUUGAUGAAAAUGAUCCUGUCACUAAAACUGAGGUUUGUAGUCAAGCCAUAACUGGAGAUUGUAGAAACCGUUGGUUUGAUAAGUCAGUGAGCAUUAUUGUCUUCAAAUCUGGCAGACUGGCUACUCACUGUGAUCACACUCCAUUUGAUGGUGUUGUGGAAAUAAACUCUAUCAUUUUGGCAAUAAAAUAUCUGAAAGAAAAAGGUGGAGAGUGGAAGGGAAAUCCAGAAGUGAAGAACUAUUAUAAACCCCAAGAACUGGUUUUUAAAGUUGAUGAUGGUAUUAACCGAGCAGUAGAUCUGGCCGUUCAAAAAUAUCAGGAAGCGGCUGACGAUGUAAAUAUCACUGUGCAUUCAUCACGGGAAUAUGGAAAAGGUUUUAUUAAGCCUUACAAGAUUCACCCAGACACGUUUGUACAAUUGGCAAUUCAACUGGCGUAUUACAGGCUACAUCGCAAACCAGCUCCCACUUAUGAAACGGGUCAGACUCGACAAUUUUAUCACGGACGGACAGAAACGAUUCGUUCAUGUACCAUGGAAUCAGUGGCCUGGUGUAAAGCAAUGUUCGAUGGCAAUGCUGAUAAGUCGACGAAAAUGCGGUUGUUUCGUGAAGCUUAUACGAGUCAUGAUUCACUCAUGAGAGACGCGGUCAAUGGCCAAGGAAUUGAUCGUCACUUGCUGGGGCUUCAGUUAAUAGCUGCCUCCGAAGGAUUGCCAACACCGGCUAUCUACACAGAUAAAGCGUGGACGGCGAGCGGUGGUGGUGGCAACUUCGUCCUGUCGACAAGUUGUGUAGGAUUUUCUUCAAUACUUGGUGGCUGCGCUGCAAUGGUGAAAGACGGGUAUGGAGCAUUCUAUAGCAUCGAGGACAACAGAAUUAACUUUGUUAUCGCGACGUUUACAACCUCUGAGGUUACGGAUGCCAAAAAGUUCCAGCAUUCACUUGACGAGAGUUUCCGAGACAUGAAACAUCUCUUACUGACAUCUAAGCUGUGAGACGAAGAGCACUCUUUUAACCCUUUCACUCUCAUGAGAGACCAAGACAGAAUUUCUCCUCACAAUAUCAAUACAUUAUCAAGCAAACAAAUAAUGAGAAUAAAGAAAAAUAUCAGUUAGGGGAUUACUAGUUGAUCCAAUACCAAAUUCUCUUACUAACAUCUUAAGAAUUGUAUGGCAGACAUUAAGGAGAAUUAGUCAUGAGGUCGUGGCAGUGAAAAGGUUAACUGAGAUAUCUCUGUAAGGUCUUGCGCUUGCGUGUGUUGAAAAUCAUUAACGAAGUGAGAAAUGAUUAAAGAAGGUAGAAGUUCGACUUACAUUCCCAGGCACUAUCGACUCUUCCCUUGGUUUACCUCCAAGUGCUCAGAACUGAUUAAACCGUAACCUCUCCUCACAAUAUCAAUACAUUAUGCAGCGUAAAAGUGACGAGAACGUAUACGCUUGUCAGCUAGGGAAUGUUGUUUUGAUGUAUAUAAUACCAGGUUCUCUUAACUAUUUACGAAAAAACUCUGUUAGGUAAAAGAAAGAAUUACUAAUCAGAUCUUGGGAGGUGAAGGGACGCGACAAGGCGAUCAUGAUAUUCAACAACGAGUUUUCAAGCAAUGGCGCAUUAUUAUUAUUUUUUUAACUUACUUUACAGGGUGGAUUUGUACCCCAAUUUAUCAGUUCAAAAUAAGUUGAGAACGUGUUAUAAGGGAACAUGUGCGCUAAAAAUUGUAAUUCGUUUGAGAAGGGUUAUUUUAAGAUGUUGUAAGAGUUAUGUCGAACAAGAAACACUUCCAAAGAUAUGUGAGAAAUUACUUCUAAUAUAUGCUCCUGUAUAAAGUUUCAGUGGUUUUAAAGGGACGACAACCUCUAUAUUCUGACCGUAAUUGAAAAUAUUAUUGAAUAAAAUUACA